GGAGGCCGGCCCCCGCAGGCGGGGGAGGAAGAGGGCGGGGAAAAGCUCAACCGGCUGCCGCGACGCCAUUUGCCACUGCUGAGCGUGGGCACGGGCGACUCUCGGAAGCACCGGUGACCAACCUCAGCCAAGCACGCUUCUCGGCCUCCUGCACAGCCUGCAUCCCGCGCGCUUCUCAGCGUCGCCCGUCGGAGUCACCGCCAUCCCUGCUGCCCUCCAGAUCACGAUCCCACACGCUGCCAGCUAGUCUUUUCCGCCAUGCCCAAGAAUAAAGGAAAAGGAGGUAAAAACAGACGUAGAGGAAAGAAUGAGAAUGAAUCUGAAAAACGAGAGCUGGUGUUCAAGGAAGAUGGACAAGAGUAUGCUCAGGUCAUCAAAAUGCUGGGAAACGGACGAUUAGAAGCAAUGUGUUUCGACGGCGUAAAGAGGCUAUGCCACAUCAGAGGGAAACUAAGAAAAAAGGUUUGGAUAAAUACCUCAGAUAUCAUAUUGGUGGGCCUCCGAGACUACCAGGAUAACAAAGCCGAUGUCAUCUUAAAAUACAACGCAGAUGAAGCUAGAAGUCUCAAGGCAUAUGGCGAGCUUCCAGAACAUGCUAAAAUCAAUGAAACUGAUACAUUUGGUCCUGGAGAUGAUGAUGAAAUUCAGUUUGAUGACAUUGGGGAUGAUGAUGAAGACAUCGAUGAUAUCUAAAAUGGGCUCAGCAUUUUACAUUCCAGUCUUUCUGAAGAUUGUUUUGCAAGUUUGGAAUCUGGCUAUAGACUUAAAGGGAAAGUUUUCACUAUCUUGAUUGUAAUUUGUUGAGGCAGACUUGAUUUGAUAAUUAGGUCUUUCAAAACUGAUAAUAUCGUAACUGAUAUGCUAAGCCCAUUAUGUUCAUUUGAUUUAAUGGUACUCAAGACCAUGUAAGAAAAAAAAUACAGUUACUGCCUUUCCUACUUUGACCCCUUCCAGUAAGUAAACGGAUGUUUUUGAAUAAACCAUUUGCCUUGUACUCAUUAUAAAUUAUGAUUAAGC